AUGCAGCCAAGUUUUAACUUCCUUGUUUCACAGCCUUCAAGCUGCAAAACAAAACCAUCCGGAUUUCGUGCCUUUGAGUGCAAGAAUGAUAGAAUAUACCCUUUAAAGGUAGAUACGGUGGAUCGGAAUGCUGAUACUAAUAGCAUAGUUCAGAAAAUUUGUUAUCUUCGACCUCGAGUCAGGCCAAUAGAUAUAUCGAUCGGAAAUACUUAUGGUGAAGAAUGUUCGGAUUACCUUUUGGUUGCUAAGAACAACGGGAUAAUUGAAAUUAUCAAGGAUUAUGACUUCAAGAUACGUAAUAGAAUACCAUUAAGGCCAAAUUAUCUACUCGUUUGUGUCCCUAUUAACACCAAUAUAGUUACUAAUGAUACGACGAUUGUUGGGAUGGAGUAUAGUGAUAAAUUUCUUUAUGUUUGCUCAUCUAAUGGUGAUUUAUUCGGGUUUAUACUAAAUUUGCCCGAUGACUAUGUUAGCGAACAGGAUUUUCAGGCACCAGAAGCAUACAAACGCUAUAAGGAUACAAUUAUGUGGAGGUCAGAUUCAACACCGCCCGAAGAUACUACCCCAGCCGAACGAUUUUUGAGGGAGGGUACUCAGUUUAAGAACGCACAUAGUUGUGCCCACAUAUGUUAUUAUUGUUAUCCAGUAAAUGAAGACGGAUUUUUUCACGAGACUAUAAGGCAGUGGUAUCCAAAACCUAUACCAGCUUUCUCCAACUGUUUCAUAACAUUUUUGAGGACAGACGUUAGCUCCUUUCAUAUUAAUCCGAUGGAUAGGUUCAGCGUCAUUACAGUAGCACCACAUACUCCGUUAACUAUCCACAAAAUACUAUUACCGGAGUUUUAUGUAGUAUUCUUUCACGAGUUCGUGAAGCUAAAAGAUGAAUACUUCUCAAAGAAGCUAAGACAAAAUUCAGAGCCGCCAAGCUUUGAUUUUAUGUCAAGGGUGGUAUAUGAUGUUGGAUUCCAAGACUAUUUAAAGAGAAAUUGUUCACAAUAUGCAUCUGACCAUGACAUAAGGCUUUGGAGAAGUAUGUUGGUCUGUGACAUGGUAUGCGAAUUCAAAUAUUCGUCUGUGUGGAGGCAGAAGCAAGGAAAUAUGAAAGAUUCCUUGCAUCGUCUUUUCUUUUAUGAUGCUUCUUUGAAUGAUGGCAAGAAUGUUCAGAAUGAUAUUGAAAAUCUUUCAGACUCUGUUGUUGACCUGGAACUAGACUCCCAAUCUAACUCAAUGCUAGGCUUUGCGAAUGCGUCGAUAGAUGUAGAUCAUCACGCGCAUUCCAAUAUAACACAUACUGAACGUUUUCUCAAACAUUUACGCAAGAGAACUUUUCCUAUCAACUUUCAGGUUGUAAAAACGGUAAGUGUCAACACAGAAACGGAAACCAAUGAGCUAGAAGCUACCACUUCGUUUCUUACGGAUACCUAUAAAGAUAUGGAUAUAAUACUAGUUGAAAAGUUCUUAAACAUCAACGCUUUUCGUCCCAAAUAUGUCGAUGAGCCUUUGAUGAAGCUGGACUCAAUACACGAUGUUCAAGAAAUAAAUGAAAAAGAGUAUGAAGCUCAGGUAGCUUUGAAUAACCUCUCUUCAUUUGUAAAGUUCUUUAUGCUUUCAGAUUCCCUUUGCAUGAUCUGGGAUUCUAAUGGAGUUUUGUUAAUAGAUAGAUUCCAACUUAGGAAUACCACACGAUUGCUUGAAAACGACGUUAACGCGGUAAAAGUGAUAGACUAUCGGGUUGGAGUAGUGAAUGAUAUUGGAUUAGUUUUAACAGAAUUUGAACACACUGGAUCGGAUUACCAUAUUGAGUUUUAUGCAAUUUUGUCUAUGCUAACAAAUGAGAUAGUUUUAUUAAAAGGUGAAUUUAACACAGGCCAACGGCUAGGGAAAAUAGCCGCUCUAGAUAAGUUGAGAGUCACAGAAAGAGAUAGAUUUGUUGAUCAAAUAAUGGUCACAAAUUAUCAUCCAACCAAGAAAAGAACCCUAGAUUCAUUCUCCGCUGAAAUACUUAGAAAGCAAAAACGUCAAAAACAUGAAAAUACAGACAUCUUGACUUAA